GUAAAGGCAAAAUAUUAAUUGUGGUAGUUUCUUUACUAACACACGGUUUCUUCUGCUGGAGAAUUUGGGCUGUCAGGCAAUCAAUGAUUGUUCCUGUGUUAGUUAUGAUGAUUUCGUUGACGCAAUUUGCGAUGAUAACUUACGGGGGCAUAGUGUAUGGCUUAAUUCCUGACACAGAUUCCUCACACCCCAUGCCGUUUUACAUUCCAGUCUGGCUAGUUGGCAGCCUUGUGUGCGAUUCAGUCAUUACCGUGUACAUGACACUCAGUCUCCUGCAAUGCAAUGAGAAAUCGGGUUUCAAGUACACAAAAUCAUUGUUCGUGAAACUCAUCAAAUUGACCAUCGAAACCGGGCUGGUAACUACGACCGCCGCGCUCACAGAGCUUGUGCUUGCCAUUGCAUUCCGGGUGACGACGUACCACAUUGCAUUAUUUUAUAUCAUCUCAAAGUUGUAUGCUAAUUGUAUGCUGGCAACCCUGAACUCGCGGACAAUGCUGAACAAGUCACUUGAUCGACAUAAGACUGCUGCCGUCUACGACGACUGGCGUUCAAAUUCUCAUUCAGGAGGAGCGCACACAGGUCCUUCGAGAAAUUCUGCCAGUGUGAUACAAAUACAUACUAGGAUUGAGACCAUCAUAGAGAUGGAUUCGUACCCUGACUGAAAGCAUUCCUUGGAGGUAUAAGCUAUAUGUAGUCUCCAGUGGUUGAUCUAAUGCCCAUAUGUAUAUGACAGUCGAUUUAUUCAAGCCAUCUGUAUCAUAAAAUAUAUUCCCGCAAGCAUAGAGUAGAGUAGCUAGAAAGAUAUUUAGAGUAACAGCGCAAAGAAAUUUGGCCUCCUCGUACCAUGUACUAACCCUGUGCAACCUGAUUUGGUUUACCCGCCUGCGGGAAAGCUUCACCGCU